AAGAUAUCCGUUGUGUGGAGAGUCGCUGCCAUUUUGUUAGGACGAGUGAAUUUCGGAAACGUCUUGAGAAAACGUCUGUAUGUAAACGAAUAACAUCGGAACGUUUUAGCUGGUUGCUUUUGAACAGAAUCGAAGCAAAAUGCUCUCCGCAGCCCAGUUACUCGAUGAGUUAAUGGGCCGAGACAGAAACUUGGCACCUGAUGAAAAGCGCUGCAAUGUUCGCUGGGACCACGAGACUGUCUGCAAAUAUUAUCUGUGUGGUUUUUGUCCAGCUGAACUGUUCACCAACACGCGCUCUGAUUUGGGUCCUUGUGAAAAGAUUCAUGAUGAAAACCUUCGAAAAAUGUAUGAGAAGAGCUCACGGUUCAUGAAAGAAGGCUACGAAAGAGACUUCCUGAGGUACCUGCAGAGUUUGUUGGCUGAAGUGGAGCGCCGGAUUCGGAGAGGCCAUGCCAGACUGGCACUGUCGCAGGCCCAGCAGAACUCUGGAGGGCCUACACUAUCCGGGAAGAAUGAGGAGAAGGCUCAAGUGCUUACAGAGAAGAUUGAAGCACUUGUCGUUCAGAUUGAAGAGCUUGGCUCAGAAGGCCGUGUAGAGGAAGCUCAGGGCAUGAUGAAGCUGGUGGAACAGCUGAAGGAGGAGAGAGAGCAGCUCAGCUCAACACCAUCUACAAUUGAGAGCUUUGCUGCUCAAGAGAAGCAGAUGGAAGUGUGUGAGGUCUGUGGUGCUUUCCUCAUUGUUGGCGAUGCUCAGUCUAGAGUAGAUGACCAUCUAAUGGGCAAACAGCAUAUGGGAUAUGCUAAAAUCAAAUCUACUGUGGAGGAACUCAAGGAAAAACUGCGGCGGCGCUCGGAGGACCCUGAAAGAGAUGACCGGGCAAAGAGGGAAAGAGAGAGGGAAGACAGAGAGCGUGAAAGGGAGGAGCGUGAGAAGAGGCGUAAGGAGGAAGAGGAGAUGCGAGAGAAAGAGAGGGAGAAAGAGAGAGAGAAAGAGCGAGAAAGAGAGCGUGAGAGGGAACGUGAACGAGAACGUGAGCGAGACAGAGAGCGUGAACGUGAAAGGCGGAGCAAACGGAGUCACUCUAACAGCCGCCACUCGAGUCGGGCCUCUGACCGCCGCAGGAGCCGAUCACGGGACAGAAGGAGGAGCAGAAGCAAGGACAGGGACAGGGAGAGGGACAGGAAGCGCAGCAGGAGCCGUGACCGCGAGAGGAGGCGCAGCAGGGAGCGCUCGGAUCGGAAGAGACGUUCACGCAGCAAGGAACGAAAGAGUUCCCGCAGUUCUGAACGCAAAAGCCAUCGACACCGAAGCCGCAGUCGAGACAGGGACAGAGACAAAGACAGAGAGAAGGAUAAAACUGCCAGAGACAAAGAGCACAAGGACACCGAAGAGAAAAAAGGCAGUGGAAAGGGCUCAAGCGAUGAAAGGUCCAGUGAGCCCUCAAAGUCCCAGCCCAUGGAGGUGGAGCCUCCUAGAGCAGAGCUGAAUGGCACCACUGAAGACCUCCAUUCUGAAGGUGACACUCAGUCCAAUUAAAACUGAUCUGAUAGGACCUCAGAUCAGCUCCAGGUAAGUGCACUCUCCCCGAGCAGCUUAGCUCUUCCCCGCUCCCCUCCCCCCUUUUUCUUUCAGUUAUGUCUGUGAUUUUUCUUCCUGUUUUUUAAUAGUGCAUCGUAAGUAUGCACUGAAGAUGGAACUAGAGGCUGAAACAGAAGAAGGUAGAAUGAAACAUACCCAGAGGGAAAAGCCAGUGUAGUCCUGAAAAACAUGCCUGGAGGUACCUUGUUUUGUAUCGGUCAUACAUAUUUGUCUUUUAGACAAGUUCUCUUCCAAAUUUACGUUUUUUUUUCCUCUACCUAUACUACCUCACCUUUUAACUCCUUGCUCACAGUAAGAGUAUACUGUGGUAUUUUAUUAAUUCGUUCACUAAACAUUCAUAAAACAAUGUGCCUAUGUAUGCAACAUAUAUAAGCACGCAGCAGUUUUAGCUCUCUAUAAUGUUUCAGAGGUAUUCAAAGAAGGAUUUUUUUUUUUAAACCAUUAAAACUGCCGUCAGUGUUGAUUCUGUUCUUCAGUUUCAUGGAUGUGUGCUUCCUUGCCUUGCACUUUAAUGCAGUCUGUUCUUAAAGUCGAGAGCCGAUAGCAUUGGGAUGAUGGAAGUGUAGGGUUAAUGAAUUAUUGCAGCUGACUUCCAUACCUCACACAGCGUUGGUGUUGUGAGCGACCCCAUGAAAAGCCAAAUUAAAAAUCAAGGAUACUGUCAAACUGUGCAGGUACUCACCCAAGGUACUCCUUUCUCUACCCACAUCCAUUUGAAUGCUGUUACCUGUGAACGUGUUUCAGAGCUUCAUGUUCUUUGUUUCAUUUGAUAUUUAUUUCUUUUGUUAUAAAAUAUGCUUAAGAUGUUCAGAUUUUGUUCUUUUCUCUUGUUUUUUUAAAUGCUAAUUAUAUGUGAAAGGAGGAGUGAAAUGUUGGGGAUUUAUUGAUAAACCCGGUUGAUAUCCCAGAGUCAGCAUUUUUAGAGCAUGUUACACCCUUGGCCACUUUUCAGAUCAAUUAGAUUUUUCUUCUAUUUGUUUUGGGCUAUUUGUUACUUUGGUUUUCAGUUUCCCUGAAUCUGUAGUAGUUCUGUAACAUGUUUACAAUCCAAAUUUGAUCUAAGCAGCUUAAUCAACGGGUAGUUUUUCUUUUUCUUUUUUCUUUUUCCUCCUUUUUUGUUGCCAAUUACAGUAUAGUAUCCCUUGUUUUCAGUGGUAAUCUGUAUAGACGAGGGGAUAUCAGGCGGGUUACUCUUCCAGGGCAAAAAAAAGGAAAGGGGGAACAUUACUGUUUAAUGGUUCUAGGGUUUUGUCUGUGUGCUUUUUUCUAAUCUUUUAUCCAAAUAAAGAGUCAGCAAAUUUUGUCAUGUUGCUCAAAGUACAGCAAAUUUCAAAGAAAGUGAGGAAAUGCUGGAAUGUCUUUACAUCAGUCAGAAUUGUUUUCAUUGUACUGUUCAAUUGGCUAACAGCUAGUCAUAAACUACUGUUUGUGGCUAAUGCUAUAAUAAUACAAAAGCUAAAACCUAAGUGACAAUCAUGCAGAAGCUAAUUGUUUCUUUGAUCGAAUGGGAUUUCAACUACUAAUUGACUCUCUCUGACUAUUUGUGCAUGUCAGGGGAUGCUGGGACAGCUGAGUGAAGAAGACCUGAAGACCUCCAAACUUUUGCCAUGCAUACUUCGCUGCUUAAAACAAGGUGAACCAGAUGUAGUGGCCUAAUUAGGAUAAAAUGUAAGAAAAAUAUGUUAAAAAAAUUUUGUUGCCCUUUUUGCAGUUUUCUCACAGGACCUUGUUUUAACUACAUUUGUUUUUCUUCAUACUUUACUGUUAUGAGCUACGCAAAGGGCCAAUUGAGUUUUUGUUGAUAUACACUCAGUGAACCUGUACCAUGUUUGCUUUGCACAGUUGGGUCGCAUUUUAGAAUUUCAAGACCAGUUUUGGAGAGUAAUGUACAGUGUUUGAACAGAGACCCUGAUUGGGCUCUGUCGCUUAACUUUCUUCCCUUUAUGUAAGCUUAUACCCCAAAUGUAUGAUCAAUUUUAUUUUAGAAAUACUGGAUUUUCAUUUGUUGAAUUUUAAAAAAACUGUAUUUGUCUUCAAUAAAAACUUCAAAUGAAUUCAAAGCAAA